AUGCCAGACAAAAAAAUUAAGGGAGGCCAUAUGGCCAUCAUUGAGAACUGGUAUCAUCAGAUUCCGGCUUUUACCGACGUUUUUACCGAGGAAAGUUUCUACGUGUUUGUGGUUUGCUUCGUAUUGUCGACCAUCGCAGUGGUGUUAGUGCUAUCACGAUUUAUCACACUUAAACCGGUUGAUUAAAAUACUAUUAUUGGCUAGAUAUAAACAACAUUGAUUAUACCAGCGAAGAACUGUAAGCACUAGGUAAUAAAAUGUGUUGAAACAAGUAAA